AACUCGACAUCAAGAGAGCAUUUCAAACACUUCAAACGGGACGGCAUUCAUAUCGUAUACACCGUCCGAUUGAGUCUUAAGGAAGCCAUAGAUAAUAGUGGUAUACAAGUGCCUACUCUAGAGGACCGGUCGCUUACCGUACAGUUAGACAGACAGCAGAUCAUUGAGUUGUACGCUAACACUGAGGUGUUUAUCAGGAAAGUUGGUUUAGGACUUCCAAUUCCCAACAAUGUGCUCAUCAGAGGUGAUCUCAUUAUAAGAUGUCAAUUGAGAUCAUAA